AUUGCUGCUGCUGCUGCUGUUGUUGCCGCCACUUGUUGCGCUGUCCACAGACCUCGGCAAUAAAACACCUUUGGAUCGGUGGCACAGAUAUUAGACAGCAAAAAGUACAUUAAAAACUGGAAUAACUCACUUCUAAAGCAAAUCCUAUCUAAGAAGACAGCAUUAAUUGUGGAGAUUUCAUCUUUUCCUUGACUCAAUUAUGUUCUGGGGAAUUCCUUGUGCUAACCCAACUUGGAUGUAUACUCCCAAGAAUACACCUUCAGGCUUUGCAAUAGAAGAAACAAUCCCCACUGGCUCUAAUGAUGACAAAGAUGAAAAAGCCAGAAUCUGGUGCUUCAGCAGCAGCCAACACUACUUCCUCUGCAGAUUAUGAUUAUCUUCUUAAGUUCUUGGCAUUGGGUGAUUCUGGAGUAGGGAAAACAAGUUUUCUCUAUCAGUACACAGAUAAUACAUUCGUCUCCAAAUUUACUUCAACAGUUGGAAUUGAUUUCCGAGAAAAACGAGUUGUGCAUCGGAUACCUAGUGCUGAUGGAACUGUAGGUCGAAGUCAAAGAAUUUAUCUUCAGUUAUGGGAUACUGCUGGCCAAGAAAGGUACCGUAGUUUAACAACAGCGUUCUUUCGUGAUGCAAUGGGUUUUCUUGUUUUAUUCGAUCUGACAAAUGAAAAAUCAUUUCUAAAUAUCCGGAGUUGGUUGACCGAGCUACAGACACAUGCAUACUGUGACAAACCAGAUAUUGUUUUGAUUGGAAAUAAGGCUGAUCUUGAAGAUCAACGCAAAGUCAGUGAGCAGAAAGUCUAUAAACUUGUAGAAGAAUACAAUUUAACAUAUUUUGAAACAAGUGCUUAUACAGGCCAAAGUGUGGCCAAGGCUGUUGAGUGCCUUCUGGAUAAGGUAAUGAUAAGUAUGGAGCAGUGUGUGGAUAAAAAGCUACUACCUUUUAAACAAGGUAAUUAUAUAAAGGACACUAGCCAACAAAAUGGUGCUGAGUUAGACUAUCUGGACAACUCCAAAAAAUGUGGCUGUUAAGUUCAAUUAAAUGUCACCAAUUAUGUGCUUUCAUUUAAGGAGUUGCUUUGAGUUCAUCAAAUCACAGUCCAAACUGCUCUAAAUUUCCUUUAUGCAUUUUUAUCAUAUUUCUGGAUCUUUUUAACAUAUAUUAACAUAUUAAAAAAUCACUAUUUUUGCAUAAAUAUUAAAAUUGGUAAUUGUUAUAUGAAAUAACUAUUUCUGUAAUACAUCACUGUUCAUGAUUUUCCUGUAUAUCUAUUGCAUUAAAUGUCAAUAAACUAUUAAUACAUGCCUUUUCUGGAAAUAAA